AUGAUUCUGGAAGAGCGACUGUGUCAGGAGGAGAGCUGCCUGGUGCAGUCAGCACUGCAGCGAUGCCGGCAGGGCGAGGCCAUGCUGCACGAUGUGGGGGUCAAACUGAGGGAAGUUUCCGAGAUCUACGAGAGUGAGGGCUUCGAGGCGGCGGCCAGCAGCCAGCGAGAGGAAUUGGCUGCUUUACAACAGCGGCUGAGCCUGACUCUGCCAUCCCUGGAGCAUGUGGCCAUGGAGAUCGAGGCUGUCGAGGCCGAAGUGAAAAUCAUUGAGAAAAAGAUUUCCAAAGUGCGCGCCAUCCUCUCUGCUACCGAUCUGUUUGACACGCCUGUGUCUGAGCACCUCCUGAACACACAGAUUAUUCUGGAGAACGUGGAGGAGAUGAGGCAGAUUGUUGAGGAAAUGGAGCAGUGUCGAGCCUCGUUGGGGCUUCCUCAACAUAUCAUUUCCACUAUUGCUGUGUUCGUCCAAGUUCGGGAUAUCUCUGGGGACCUGGAAGCACUGCAGGAGGUGACAGCCCAGCAGAGCAGAGUCCUGGAGUCACUGUCAGCAAAUUUACAAGAGUAUGACAGAAAAAUAGAAAGACUACAGCAGGAAGGUGCUGCUGGGGAGGAGCUGGACAUUGUGCUGAAGCACCGGGAGCUGCUGCUGUUGAGUAAACAGCAAACGCUGAAUGGCGAGGACCCUGACGUCUGCCCCUCCCAUAUCCCAGAGCUGAGCAUCAGCCAGGGGCCGGCUCCAGUGAUGUCAUACCAGGCCCUGGACCCUGUGCUGAGCUCUAAUGUGGGUCUUUACUGUGUCCUGGAGCGGGAGGAGGAGGAGGAGGAGGAGAAAGAGGAAGGUGGCAGCUCCCCAGCCCCCCCACAGAGUUUGCUGCUGGAGAUUGAGGAGAAGGUGUGUCAGGUGGUGAGCGGAGCGCAGGUCGGCACAGCUGCACGACACGAGGUGGAGGCUCUUCACACACGGCUGAGCACCAUAAAGACCAGCCUCGUCCGCCUGCAGACCACACUGCACGAGGAACCCGAGAUCAUCGAACAAACUGAUCUGAUCCAAGCCAUCACCCACUGCGGAGCGGAAACGCUGGAGCGCGACCCCGGACAGGGAACGCUGGAGAGUGACCCCGGACAGGGAACGCUGGAGAGUGACCCCGGACAGGGAACGCUGGAGCGCGACCCCGGACAGGGAACGCUGGAGCGCGACCCCGGACAGGGAACGCUGGAGCGCGACCCCGGACAGGGAACGCUGGAGCGCGACCCCGGACAGGAAGCACUGGAGCGCGACCCCGGACAGGGAACGCUGGAGAGUGACCCCGGACAGGAAACGCUGGAGCGUGACCCCGGACAGGGAACACCGGAGCGUGACGCCGAACAGGAAACACGGGAGCGCGACCCCGGACAGGAAACGCUGGAGCGCGACCCCGGACAGGGAACGCUGGAGCGCGACCCCGGACAGGGAACGCUGGAGCGCGACCCCGGACAGGAAGCACUGGAGCGCGACCCCGGACAGGAAACGCUGGAGAGUGACCCCGGACAGGAAACGCUGGAGCGUGACCCCGGACAGGGAACACCGGAGCGCGACCCCGGACAGGAAACGCUGGAGCGUGACCCCGGACAGGGAACACCGGAGCGCGACCCCGGACAGGGAACACCGGAGCAUGACGCCGAACAGGAAACACGGGAGCGCGACCCCGGACAGGAAACGCUGGAGCGCGACCCCGGACAGGGAACGCUGGAGCGUGACCCCGGACAGGGAACCCUGGAGAGUGACCCCGGACAGGAAGCGCUGGAGAGUGACCCCGGACAGGAAGCACUGAACUGUGACCCCGGACAGGAAGCACUAGAGCACGACCCCGGACAGGAAGCACUAGAGCGCGACCCCGGACAGGAAGCACUGGAGCCUGACCCGGGACAGGAAACGCUGGAGCGUGACCCCGGACAGGAAACGCUGGAGCGCGACCCCGGACAGGGAACACUGGAGCGUGACCCCGGACAGGAAGCACUGGAGAGUGACCCCGAACAGGAAACACGGGAGCGCGACCCCGGACAGGGAACGCUGGAGCGCGACCCCGGACAGGAAGCACUGAACUGUGACCCCGGACAGGAAACACUGGAGCGCGACCCCGGACAGGAAACGCUGGAGCGUGACCCCGGACGGGGAACGCUGGAGCGUGACCCCGGACAGGGAACGCUGGAGCGUGACCCCGGACAGGAAGCACUGGAGAGUGACCCCGGACAGGAAGCACUGGAGAGUGACCCCGGACAGGGAACGCUGGAGCGUGACCCCGGACAGGGAACGCUGGAGCGUGACCCCGGACAGGGAACGCUGGAGCGUGACCCCGGACAGGAAGCACUGGAGAGUGACCCCGGACAGGAAGCACUGGAGAGUGACCCCGGACAGGGAACGCUGGAGCGUGACCCCGGACAGGAAGCACUGGAGAGUGACCCCGGACAGGGAACGCUGGAGCGUGACCCCGGACAGGGAACGCUGGAGCGUGACCCCGGACAGGGAACGCUGGAGCGUGACCCCGGACAGGGAACGCUGGAGCGUGACCCCGGACAGGAAGCACUGGAGAGUGACCCCGGACAGGAAGCACUGGAGAGUGACCCCGGACAGGGAACGCUGGAGCGUGACCCCGGACAGGAAGCACUGGAGAGUGACCCCGGACAGGGAACGCUGGAGCGUGACCCCGGACAGGAAGCACUGGAGAGUGACCCCGGACAGGGAACGCUGGAGCGCGACCCCGGACAGGAAACGCUGGAGAAUGACCCGGGACAGGAAGCACUGCAGAGUGACCCCGGACAGGGAACGCUGGAGCGUGACCCCGGACAGGAAGCACUGGAGAGUGACCCCGGACAGGAAGCACUGGAGCGUGACCCCGGACAGGAAGCACUGGAGAGUGACCCCGGACAGGAAGCACUGGAGAGUGACCCCGGACAGGAAGCACUGGAGCGUGACCCCGGACAGGGAACGCUGGAGCUUGACCCCGGACAGGGAACGCUGGAGCGUGACCCCGGACAGGAAGCGCUGGAGAGUGACCCGGGACAGGAAGCACUGGAGAGUGACCCCGGACAGGGAACGCUGGAGCGUGACCCCGGACAGGGAACGCUGGAGCGCGACCCCAGACAGGGAACGCUGGAGCGUGACCCCAGACAGGGAACGCUGGAGCAUGACCCCAGACAGGAAGCACUGGAGAGUGACCCCGGACAGGGAACGCUGGAGCGUGACCCCGGACAGGAAGCACUGGAGCGCGACCCCGGACAGGGAACGCCGGAGCGCGACCCCGGACAGGGAACGCUGGACUGUGACCCCGGACAGGGAACGCUGGAGCGCGACCCCGGACAGGAAACGCUGGAGCGCGACCCCGGACAGGAAACGCUGGAGCGCGACCCCGGACAGGAAACGCUGGAGAAUGACCCGGGACCGGAAGCACUGGAGAGUGACCCCGGACAGGGAACGCUGGAGCGUGACCCCGGACAGGAAGCACUGGAGAGUGACCCCGGACAGGAAGCACUAGAGAGUGACCCGGGACAGGAAGCACUGGAGAGUGACCCCGGACAGGGAACGCUGGAGCGUGACCCCGGACAGGGAACGCUGGAGCGCGACCCCGGAGGAACGCUGGAGCGUGACCCGGACAGGGAACGCUGGAGCGUGACCCCGGACAGGGAACGCUGGAGCGUGACCCGGAAGGGAACGCUGGAGCGUGACCCCGGACAGGGAACGCUGGAGCGUGACCCCGGACAGGGAACGCUGGAGCGUGACCCCGGACAGGGAACGCUGGAGCGUGACCCCGGACAGGGAACGCUGGAGCGUGACCCCGGACAGGGAACUGGAGAGCACGACCGUGGAUGGGAAAUGGAGGAGAGUGACACCGGGCAGGAAAUAGAAAGGGAGUCCGGGAGGGUCUGUGGUCCUGUAGAUGAAGUGUUGCUGAGGUGGGACGUGCUGACCACUGGGGCCCAGAGCCCUGAGCAGUUGGCCCUGAACUGGCAGCGAAUGCACAGAGCAUCGGUGGCCAGACUCAAGCUCCUGGAAGAUUCUGUGCUACCAGAUCACAAGUUGCAGGUUACUGUGACGGACCGUGAGCCCAAUGUGUGGAGAGUGAGGACAGCAACGGCCCCAGCACAGGAGGAACUGCGGGGGUGGCUCAGGCAGCUCACACACCUCCCCCAGGCUGGUGCUGGUCAGGGUGAGGCUGUGGAGCUGCUGAUGGAGAGAGACCUGCAGUGUGUGAUGCUCAGGGUGAACCGAUGGCUGGAGGGGGCAGAGGAGGCCCUGAGCUCCAGCUCUGUGAUGUCUGUUCAGGAGACAGAAGCACAACUGUCAUAUCAGGAGAGCGAGGUGCCGGUGCUGGGCAGCCUGUGCUGUGAGCUGGAGAGGACCAGGGAGCUACUGUCAGUGCGGAACCAAGGGCCGCCAUCCCUCUACCUGGCCAGCCUGCACAGGAGGCUACAGCGACUCCACUCCAUCCUGCAGACCAGGUGUCAGUCUCUGCGGGCCAGAGCCACCCACAACUCACAGCUACAGGUGGUUGCUGACCUGGAGCUGUUGCUGGAGCCACAGGAGGAGGAGCUGCUGGCACUGAGCGGGGAGGCCAGCCAUGUGCUGCUGGGCUCCACGCUGGGGCAGGACAUCAGCAAACUGCAGGAGGAGCUGGCCAGGGUGUGUGUGGAGCUGGCUGCCCGGCGAGAGGGUCUGGCACUCGUCCUGGCCGCUAGAGGGCACUGCGAGCAGCUGGUGCAGGGACUGGCCGCCUUGUGUGACUGCGGCCGCGACAGACUGGACCAGGAUCCCAGCCUCCUGACCAACAGCAUCAGCCGUCUGCGGCAGCACCUCCAGCAACACAAGCUGUUUUUCAGGAGCCUAGAAAAUCAUCGGAUUCGGCUGGAAAAGAUUGCCGAGAAAGUGCCGGAGGUUGGAGUGUCCGGGAAGGAGCGGCUCUGGUCAGAGCUGAGCGUGCUUCAGUGUCGGGCUCGGCAGCACGGCAUCAGGCUCGAGCGACUGCUGCAGGAAUGGACGGAGUUCGAGACUAGCUGUGCGCUGCUGUCUAAGGACCUGGAAACAUUGGCAGCAUCAAUCCCUUCUGUCGACCUCGUAGAAGAAACGGAGGAACGACUGGUGGAACGGAUUUCUCUUUUUCAGAGAAUACAGCACAGCCUGGAGGAGAAGCGAGCCUGUGUGUACCACGUCCUAAGUGAUGGGAAGAGGCUCCUGAGCCACGUCAGCUGCCCUGACCUCAGUACCCAGGUUCAGAGGCUGGAAGGGUACCAGUCCCUAACCAGCCGGGUCAGCCACCAGCUUCAACACCACCAGACACUGCUGCAGCACUGGACACGGUUGCAGCAGGAGGCUGGUACGCUGGCCGAGUGGCUGGGCUCGGCGCUGGGCCGUGUGCAGGCCUGGGAGCAGCAGGCAGUCAGCGUUCCCGAGGAUCUGGCCUCCAUUCACAGCCGACUGCGCCUCGUCAUUGAGUUCUGGAGAGAGGUUGCUGUCAACGCCACACUGAAGACCUCGGUGGUGACGACGGGACGACAGCUGUUGCGAUUGAAGAGAGCGGACGGACGGGCACUGCGGGCACGUCUUGCCAGCUACGAGCAGCAGUGGGCAGAGCUCCUCAACCGGCUCCUAGACGUCCAGCACCAGCUGCAUCAGUUGCAGAUGGAGUGGGUACCCUCUCGCCAGGCCAUGGCUGAGCUGAGUAAAUGGCUGUGUGGGUUGGCUGCUGAGAUGGCCCAGGGCGAGGAGAGGCUACGGGCAGUGAGUGGCAGUGAGAGCGUCAGGAAACUCAUCCAGAGGCACAAGGAGCACGAGGCUGAGAUGAAGCUCCGGCAGCUGACGGUGGACUAUGUGAACCAGUCGGUGCUGCAGGUCAGCAGCCUGGACGUGCAGAGCGACCGCUACCAGAGGACACAGUUUGCGGAGAGCCUCGGUGCCCUGAACGCACAGUGGCAACAGCAAACCACAGCCCUGCAUCAGCGGAGCCAGCAGCUGGAGAGGCUCCUGGAGGCCUGGAGGGACUAUGAGAACAAAGUGCAGUCACUGCGAAGCUGGUUCCAGACACAGGCAGAGCAUCUGAGCAGCCUGCAGAGACCCGCCAGCCACCAGGGGGCGCUAACCACACUCACAGAUUGUCAGGUCCUGACUGAGUGUCUGAAGUUGAAGGAGAUGGAGGUGGAGAAGCUGAGACAGGCUCAUCCCUUGCUGGGGACCGAGGGGGACCUCCCGAGCCACGUCACAGAGCAGCUGGAGGGGCUGCGCGAGGCUCACCGCAGCUUGGAGCAACAGGUUCAGGAGCUGAGGCUGAGCCUUGGGUCGGUGCUGGAGCAGUGGCGAUUGUAUGAGGCGGCCACUGAACAGCUGGAUAGCCACAUACUGACAGCCAAGUACUCACUGCAGCACAGUCAGCCCCUCAGCAGCUCACUGCCAGCUGUGCAAACCCGGGUGGAGACACUGCAGUCUGUGCAGGAGGAGCUGGAGCAGGCAGAGGGCAGCUGGAAUCUCUACACAGCGGCCAUCGGCACACUGAAGGCUCGCGUGUGCCCCUCCUUCAACCACAUACUCGACAACAAGCUUCAGGUCACCCGCACCAGGUGGGCGAGUGUUGCUCAGGAUGUGAUAGAGGAUCUUUGCUUGGCCCGGGCUCUGCUCCACACGUGGCAGCGUUACAGCACUGUGUAUCAGAGUGCUGCUGCCAGGCUGCAGAGCCAGGAGGAGGUGUGUGCGCCAUUGCUCAGUGGUCCAGCAGAGGAGGAAAGCACCAGAGAGAGCCUCGAGGCCCGAUUCCUCCACACCCAGGCGAUGCUGGACACUGUAGGGAGCGUUGAUCAGGAGGUGGGGCUACUUUCAGCCGUGACAGAGGAGCUGAGGAUGGUGGUGGAGGGAUCGGUAUCCCAGGCACUAGGACAGGAACGGGACCACCUCUCGUUGAGAGCAGGCGCUCUGCGGCACAGCCUGCAGCUCAGGGCAUCGAAAUCCAGGAGCGAGUGGAGCGGGCCGAUGAGUUCAGGCAGCGAUUGCAGACACUGAAGACCCUGGUUGAGGGCUGGGAGGAGAUGAGGGGAUCGGUGGGCUCAGCCCCAGAACAGCUUGGGGAGGGGGCCAGCCUGGACACCACAAAGCGGCAGAUGCUGGCACUGAGCGUGGCUGUGCUGCACAUGGAGGAGAUGAAUGAGCUGAGCUACACACUG